UGUGCAUGAGGCGGUUCAAAAGGCUACGGGCCAAACUGUGGCCUUGAAGGAAUUCGAGCACCCAGGUGAUGGGCAAGGCUUCACUCCUGAGAUUCUUCGCGAAGUGGCUCUUCUCAAAGACCUGAAUCAGUCCAGAUAUGUUGUAGAUCUCAUCGACGUUGAGACUCCAAGAUCAUCGGAUACAAGUAUCUAUCUCGUUUUCGAGUAUCUGGACAUGAACUUGGGCCACUACAUUAGCAAGUUUGAACCGGGAUUAAUGCCGAGACGGACCAUCAAGAUGUUUGUGUUUAGUCUCUGCAAGGGGAUGGCUCACAUUCACUCACAUUUUGUGAUACAUCGAGACCUCAAAUCUGACAAUCUUUUCGUGGAUGAAAAGCGAAUGAUCCUCAAGAUCGGAGAUCUUGGAGUUAGUCGCUCCAUUACUACCCCGCCACGGCUUUAACACCUGACAUGGUCAGCUACCACUAUAGGGCUCCUGAAAUUUACUUGGGAGGCAGAUACGGCCGCCCGGUCGACAUGUGGUCUGUAGGAUGUAUAUUCGCCGAGAUGUUGCUGGGCAAACCUCUAUUCUAUGGACGUGUUAAGGAACAAGCAUUGAGCUCCAUUUUCAGGACUCUAGGAGUACCAACCGAGGAGCAGUGGCCUGAUUGCACUACUCUGCCAAAUUGGAAUCCCGAUUGGAAUGCACAAGAUUCUGGAGGAGGAGCUGUGGGCUUGGAAGGGAUAAUUCCUGACAUUGAUGCAUAUGGACUUGACCUUUUAUAUAAAAUGCUAACCUAUGAUCCGGCAAAAAGAAUCACGGCUAAACAAGCAAUGAAACAUCCCUAUUUUGACCGAGAACGAGAAACUUUUGAAGACUGGGCUUUCUGAGGAAUUGUUUGAUAGAGAAUGGUCACCUAUGAUCCUGCAAAAUGAAUUCCUACCGGAGAAGCUAAGAAAUGUCCUCAUUGACCAAGAAACUUAA